UAUUGGAGAAAUUGUACAGGUCGAGCUGGCGGGAGCGAAGCGGAGUAAGGGAGCUAAGUGUAUGGGGACCAUAUUAGGAUGAGGAUCCUCCAUGCUGCUUGACUGGUCCUGCAGCCUCUUCUCCCCUGCACUCUGGCGGUCUGAGGUCCUCUGAUGUAUUCAAGACAGGUGCAAGGUCCUUAGCCCUGCAUUGGACACGAGGAUGCCACGGGACAGUCCGCCACUGCAGCAUGGGGGAGCGCUGUCUACCAGGGGAGCAGAUUAUCUGGUUUUAUUGAUUGAAAUUACAUUUCAAGAUAUGGCAAAAAGGAUGAAGUACAUUUUUCAUGCAACAGUUGACAUGAAUCGUGAACCAUGUAGCCUAGGCGUUGUGCGCGUAGCUAUGGCUUGAGUCCUUACUAAGAAGACACAAUGGUGCAGGAACGAAAAUGCAUCUUGUGCCACAUGGUAUACUGCUCCAAAAAGGAAAUGGAGGAGCACAUGCGUAGCAUGCUUCAUCACCGGGAACUGGAAAAUCUAAGGGGCAGGGACUGCAGCCAUGAGUGCCGGGUUUGCAGAGUGACCGUGGUGGGCCUUUCAACCUAUGCCAAGCACAUAUCCAGCCAAGGACACAAGGAUAAAGUCUAUGACUGGGACAAAGAGGGAUCAAAAGAGGAGGAUGAUGAAGAAUACUUUGAUAAGGAGCUCAUCCAGUUAAUUAACCAAAGGAGGGAACAAACCCAGCAAGAUGAUACCUGCAGUAUCUCCAAAGACCAAGAAUUUCAGAGAAGAGACGAACUCCUAUCACAUCCAGUUAUAAAUCCACAAGUCUGGAAGCAAGAUUUGCCGGAAAGGAACUGGCAAUUGCAAAAGGAGAACUUCAGCAACCCUAAACAAAAUUUCCUGCAUUCUGCAUUAAGCCUCAAUCCUAAUAGGCAUCUCCCUGGCCCAAGGGGGCGAGCUGGAUGGCAUAUGAACAAUCAGACCACUCGACAGUUGGUCCAUGUCAGAGUAGAAGACUCAUGGCAUUUAACCACAGGGGGGGCAACUAGUUGGCACCAAAGAGGCAGAGGCAGAGGUUUUCACUGGCAACCAGAGGGAAAAGGAAAAUUUCCCAACCAGCAUUCUAGAAACUGUGGUGGAAACUUGCCACCUUAUUCUUACAAUAAUAACCAGUGGAACUUCGGUGGCAAUGUUGAUACUUUUCCACAAGGGAGAAAUUGGCCACAAAGACACUGUGAUACUGCUCUGGAACAGAAUUCUGGGCGGUCAAUUAAAAGUAAGACAUCAAAUAAUUUUUCCAAUGAAAGAUUCAAGUGGAAAAAUGCUGAAAAAUUUACCAGCAGCACAACUGUUUGUGCAAAUUUAGAUAAAAACUUUUCAAACAAGACAGACGAUUUUACUAGCGAUAACCACAUAGAAAACUUUAUAGACUUCAGAACAUCUGAAAGCUCAGAUUCAUCAUCAUCCAAAACAAAACCUACACUUCCCUCUGAGAAGAACAGCCUUACAAAAGACAAACAGCACAGGUGGUCUCCAUAUCCGUCACAGAAGGCCUCAGAUCAAAAUGUUCCGCCAGUUGCUGACAAAAAUGUCACACCUUCCUCAGAGGAGACAAAACGUGGAGAACUACAAGCAGACCAAAAUCAAAAUUUAGCAAAACAGAAGGUGGCAGAAGAUAUGCAAGCCGAACAGUCUACCGGCAAGAAAAGUGACUCCGCGGAGCUGAGGGGCCCUCGUAUGCCUUCUUUAAAAUCCCCACUUUGCAACAUCCCAGAUAGUAAAGCUUUAGCUUUGAAAAAGGAUCUAAAGAAUCCUUUAAAAGGUGUAAAAUUGUCAUUUCCACCAUUUGGUGAGAGACUAGGUCGGUUAAGUGCUCUCAAUUUAGAAACCAUUAGAUCCAAUAUUAUUUCCAAAUUUCACAAUGCAGCUAAGAGCACAAAGAACAGCGAGGAGGCACAAGAGAAUAUCAAAAAAGAGCCAGAGGAAACCCUUAGUCAGGUGUUACACAAAGCAAAAGAGAUGCUGCAUAAUAGCCAGGUCAUGCAGAGCUGUUACAACCAAUCUUUAAGUAGGGAACCUAGUGAUCCAAAGACUGGCAGAACUGAGGCUAAAAAUGACCUUUUUCAAAAUGGCGUUUCUUCCGAUGAGAUCUUAGAAGAUGCUAGUGAUGAUGAUUUCUUCAGUAAUGCACCUAAAACAGAAACUGUAGUGGAGUUGCCUAGUGAUAGCUCUGAUAAAAAUAUCUCUCCCAAGGCAGAUGACGGCACAAACUAUUUGGAGCAAAUCGCCACCAAUUCUGACAAUUCUAGUCUAUCUACUGAGAAAAGUUCCCCGACCAAUGAGUCUCAUGAUAGUGGCGAUAAUAGCAAUUCCCUUCAAUCUCAAGACUUUAAUGACUGUGAAAAUUUUGAAAAUGUUUCUGAUCUUGAACUUCAGAAAAAUGCUGCCCAUUCUUCUAAUCCAAUAAUACCAGAACUGUGCAAGCUUGGAUUUCCUGUUUCCCUCCAGAGAGAUCUAACUAGGCAUAUUAGUUUGAAAAGCAAACCUGGCACACAUCUUCCGGAGCCAAACCUCAACAGCGCACGUCGCAUUAGGAACAAAAGUGGUCAACGGAAGAGCGACGUUGACAAGGAUUCAGGACUCAAACCAACCCUUCGUCAGAUUCUGAAUGUAUCGAGAAGGAAUAUAAACUGGGAGCAGGUUAUGCAACAAGUGACAAAGAAGAGACAAGAGCAAGGCAAAGGUUUGCCAAGGUUUGGUAUUGAAAUGGUAGCACAGGUUCAAAGUGAACAAGAUGGUCUUGACUUUGAUGAGGAGUUGGAUGUGGGGAUUGAAAGCUAUCACAUGGACAGUAUCACUACAAACGCAUUUGGGUCAGUGAGGAAAAGGAGUCUCUCAGAAAGCAGCGUAGCUGUGGAAAGGGGCUUUGCAUACAAUAUAUUUAAUCAUUGUGACACAAGUGGCAAACAAAUCAUUCAAACACACCGAGUAACAUCUGGACCAAAGGCAGCUUCAACAUUAACUUCACCUGCCAGUGACAGGAAACUUGGCAGCAAUUUUCCUGAAGAACUUCCUGCUACAGCCAAUAGCAGCGUUUCUAACACAAGAUUGUAUGAAACAUCACAAAGUCAGAGCGGAAAUGAAGAAACCUGUGCACCACCAGACAGCCUGAGCAUGUUCCAGAGCUCUUGUGUAAAUGUAGUUGCCACCGUCGGCAGUCAUGUGGAUGGAGGUACUGAUAGUUGUGCUUCCAGCACAGAGCAGAAUGACAACCAGGGAGUUGGAAAGAAAAGAAGGGCCACCAGGGAUGGUUCCGGUCCUGAAACCUCAAACUUGGAAAGAGACUCCAAAAGAAGAAAAAUCAGAGGGAAAAAAGAGCGCUCCCAAGUGGACCAGUUGUUAAAUAUCUCUUUAAAGGAAGAAGAACUAAACAAUUCUCUCCAGGAUGUUGAUAACAACCUAAACCAGGCCCGCGCUGCUUUACAGGCAGCUUAUAUGGAUGUCCAACGCUUAAUGAUUCUGAAACAACAGAUUACAGUGGAAAUGGGUACCCUAAGAACACAGAGAAUUCAGAUUCUUCAGGGACUCCAAGGAACCCUUGGAUUAGCCAUUGAUGCAGAGGAAGGCGGGAACAAUACAGCUCAAGGACAACAGGAAAUAGCUGUCCAACCCAAAAGUGUGCUUCCUUUCCAUUUGGAGACUCCACCUUUUCUUACUACCCAGACCCCAGCCAGCUCUCUCCUACCACCUCCAGUCCUCGCUUUUACCCCUGCAUCCAUCCUUCCAGCUCCUUCUGAAACGGAAACACCUGAUUCAUCUAUAAUGAUUAAACAAGAACCAAUGUCACCUGAGGAAGCCGAUAGAAACCUCUCCACUCCACUAUUACAAGUGACUGCACCAGCAGAGCCUAAUGAUGGUCAAAAUACAACGGUGUAUCCAGUUAUUACAGCUUCUAUGUCUCUUUCUGAGCUUACAAGCAAGUUUCCUGUUCUUAAUACAGAAGAAUCUAAUGAAAGGCAGUAUGCAUCAACUGGUACAUCACCAUGUCCUUAUUUAUCACCAAAGAAGGAAGUGGACACCCCUGAAGAUUCCCCCGCUUCUAUGACUAGUCCACUUCAAAGCCAAACUCUUCCCAUCAGUAUUUCACCAAAAGAUACUGACUGUCCAUUAGCCCCUUCAGAGAAUAUAGACUCGGCUUUGAUUUUAGCAGAUUCUAAGGUAGGCAAAAAGAAGAAGAAGAAGCUACGAAAAAAGAAGACGUUGCGUGCUGCCCAUGUGCCUGAAAACAGUGACACAGAACAGGACGUCGGCAAACCUGUUAGAAAAGUAAAGUGUAGAAAACUUUCAAAGGAUGCCACAGUCAGCACUUCCACUCCUCUAGUGGUAGAUGCGGCGUCACAGGAUGGCGAAAGCAACAAAGAUGUCAACGCCAGCGAUUCCAGCAUAGAAAUGAUGGAAUUACCAAAACCUCGCUAUGAGGUGGUAGAGAUAGAUUCCAAUGAGGAAAAACCAGACAGUCCAACCAAAACUGCCCUUGCAGACUGUCCAAAACUAGGCAGCUUGGAUAAGAACGAUGAAGUAACCUCCACCAGUGAACUUGGCACAAGCUACACAGAGGCAACUUUGAGAAGCAUGGAGCAGAGAACUUCUACCCAAGGAACAAAGCCUUCUUCUGAAGUAUCAUCUGAUCCUGGAGAAGAUGAGGAACCUACAGAAGGCAGUUUUGAAGGACACCAGGCUUCAGUUAAUGCCAUGCAGGUUUACAGUAGAACCCUCUACACCUGUUCUGCUGACAAGAAAGUGCGGGCGUACAAUCUGGUGACUCGAAAAUGUAAGGCGGUUUUUGAAGGACCCACAUCAAAAGUGAACUGUCUCCUUGUGACACACAAGCGUGGGCGAACCAUAGUACUUUAUACUGGUUCUAGUGACUACACAAUCCGAUGCUAUGAUGUUAAGACCAAGGAGUGCAUUGAUAUCUUUUAUGUUGGUCAACGAGUCUUGUGUCUGCACGUGCGAUGGAAAAUCCUGUAUGCAGGUCUUGCCAAUGGAACAGUGGUCACUUUCUCAAUCAAGAGCAACACCCAGCUUGAUAUGUUUGAGUGUCAUGGGCCCCGGGCAGUUAGCUGUUUGGCAACAGCACAAGAAGGCGCUCGGAGGCUACUGCUAGUUGGGUCAUACGAUUGCACCAUUACUGUUCGAGACGCCCGUAAUGGCCUUUUGCUGCGCACCCUAGAGGGGCAUACAAAAACCGUCCUCUGCAUGAAGGUUGUCAAUGAUCUGGUGUUCAGUGGAUCAAGUGACCAGUCUGUCCAUGCCCACAACAUCCAUACUGGGGAGCUGGUACGCAUUUACAAAGGUCACAAUCAUGCUGUUACAGUAGUUAACAUCUUGGGGCAGGUUAUGGUGACGGCUUGCUUGGAUAAAUUUGUUCGUGUCUAUGAACUGCAGUCACAUGACCGGUUACAAGUUUACGCAGGAUAUUCAGACAUGAUCAUGUGCAUGUCAAUUUACAAAAGCAUGAUCUACACUGGCUGUUAUGAUGGUAGUGUCAAAGCUGUGCGUCUGAACCUUAUGCAAAAUUAUCGUUGCUGGUGGCAUGGAUGCUCACUUGUCUUUGGUGUUGUCGACCAUCUGAAGCAACACCUGCUGAACGAUCACACAAACCCCAACUUCCAAACCUUAAAAUGCAGAUGGAAGAAUUGUGACGGUUUCUUCACAGCUCGGCGAGGAUCCAAGCAGGGCGCAAUAGAACACAUUGAACGGCAUGCAGAAGAGUGCCAAAUGAACAAAUAAGAAGCACAUUACCUCCCAUAUUGGGAUGUUUCUUUAUAAGCAACACAGAGAGAUUUUCAGCAACUCCAGGUGUCUGAUGCCCAGCAAGAUCCAGCGCAGAGUUGCCUUAUCUCUCUAUUUUAUUCUUACUGACCGCACAAAGCAACAGCCCAAAUGGCUCCUUCAUCUGUCGUCUUUGUCACUCCAAUGUCCAACAUCCUUGUAUUUCAUUUUAAAUGGUGUAAUUUUCAGUGUUAUGUUGCCAAAAAAAAAAAAACUAAUAUUUUUCUACAUUUCUCAGUCUUUCCUUCAUGGGCACAGCAUGAAGGAAUCUAUUGUGUUAUUUGCCUCUGUGUCAUGUACAAAUCUUAAAUGGACAAUUUUACAUUUUUAUAGAACGAAUGGAGCCUUUUUACAUUUUUAUUUACACUUCUCAUUAGAGAAGAGAUUCUAGAAAUUGUUAAAUUAUUUAAAAAAAAAAUACCCAAUAAGUAGAUAUAAUUUUCUUCCCUUUGGCACUAAUUGUGUUUUUGUUGCACUAGAAUUACUCCUCAUCAAAUUAAUCUUGAUAACCUUUAAUACAAGGCUCUGUUAAGCUGAGGACACUAAUGUGGAAUAAUAUUAUUUUGAUAUCAUCCUGAUUUAUCCGAAUGUGACACUAACAAAUGUGUAUCUUUUAAUUGAAGAAUUUAUUUGAAGUCAAUCGGUCAAAAGGCUUGAAAAUGUUACAAAGCUUGUUAAAAAUUUCAGACAGUUUGUCAACUUCCAUAUAAGAUUCCCAUUGUUGUGGUUUAAAAUACCAUGAAAGACCACUAAUGGAGUCAAUUUGUAGAGGGAGGAAAACAAUGCCUGCCCUUUUCAGUUGGUUCUUUUUCAAUAUUCUCUUACUGUUGUUGGUAAUGUGAGUGGCAUGGCUGGGGCUUUGCAUCCUGAAAUUUCAAUGAAAAUGUUGUUCGGAGAAGGGGAAGCUAUAGUCAUUUUUUUUUACAAAGUAUACAUUUUGCUCUAUCGUUUUUUUAACAUUACCCAAAAGUAAUUUCUUGACUUGUGAAUGAUUCUACUAUGGAUCAUUUGUGUACCUGGGAAUGUUUAGGAACCGUUAAAGUGUACCCAAACCCAAAAUAAAAAAAAUUGAUCUAUUGCAAUUUA